CAUAGACAAAGUGAUGGUGACAAAAACACCAAACCAAACAGAAAACACAAGCCAUGGCAGCCUAAUGUAGCAAUGACUAAGUUAAUUAUCAACAUGUUUUUGAUCUGCGGAGAAUUGCUUAUCUUUAUCAAUUUGCUACAUCUUGCCAGUGGUUUUGAUGAGUCUUUCUCAAGUUUGUCUUACUAUUACAGCGAUUACAGUGAUGACUGGAACGACGUUGACCAAGGAAUCGGGAUUGCAUUCAGCUUACUGAUUGGCGGUUUUGUCUGUGUAAUUCUCUUUACCGUUUUCAUCGCAGUCUGCUGUGUGUGUUACAAACAAAAUCAACAGCUCCCAACAGUUGGCAUACAUAAUGGAACACAUCAGACUAACAUCUCCGUGAUUCAUCCAGGUCAGCACAGCGUGCUCCACUCAAAUCCAGCUGCACCGCACGGUGUGUCCUACCCCAAUCCAGCAUACGGCAAUCAUCUGGUAGUGACGCCGUCAGGUCCUCCAGCAUACACCCCAUUUUCAUUCGCACCCAUAACACCAGCUUAUCCGAUAUUUCACAGUGGACAAUCAUGGCAAUUUUGGGAUUCACAAAUGUCUGGAUCUGGUCUGUCACCUUCGGCCCCUGGGUUAUCUGCACCUAGUUCGUCUGCUAGUUCGUCUCCACCUGAUCAACAGGGCAACGUUGGUCCACCACCCGUGUCAUAAGUUUUAAACAAAUGGCAUGGAGCUCCAAUCAGCUGUUUUAGUAAUUCAAAAACAAAAUAAUUAAAGCAAUAUAUAUUAAUCAUUAUCGAUCAAUUUUAUUAAUAGUAUAGGCUAAUGUUUGAUAUUAUUAAAUAAUAUAAACAAUAAAUCGGUCACUGGUGUUUAAGAAACAUAAUAUCGGAAUCUGCGAAACUGCUAUCGGCAGGAAGAUUAUAGACAAUUUUAAGCACCAUUAACUUUCUCAUAAGGAAGUAGGCCUAUCAUUAAUUCCGUUAUUUGCAAUAGGCCUAAAAUACAGUCGCAAAUCUAAAGCGCAGACGAAAUUUUUAAAUAAAAUAGUUAAGGAAGGCUGUAAAAGAACAGGAAUUAAAUGUAUAACCUUGAAAGGAAUUAUUGAAGCUGCUAUGUUAAGUAAAAUGUAUAAUAUAAUCAAUGAUACAGUAAUAACCACACACUUCACAAUUACAUACGGUAGGUUUUAGCAGAUCCGGUAGAAUUGUUACUUCAUUAACAGAAAUAAAUAAUAGACACAAAGACUCACAAUUCAUUCCUAAUGCAAUCAAGACGUUUUUUUAAAAAUUUAAUUUAAUUUAUUUAUUUUUGUUCUAUUUACUUUUUCAUAUUGUCAGUGUGUGCUAUUCUGUUCUGUGCAAUAGAAUGUACUUUGUAUCUUAUAUUUUAUUACAGUUCGCCUUUAAUUCGAGACCACCAUUGGGACCUGAAAAUUUGGGGUGGUCUCAGGGUUGGUCUCCAAUUAGAGGGCUAUCUUUGUGUUAAAAGGUUGAGGAUUGUUAUUUGGGUCUUUGGAAAAGUGGUCUCGAAUUGGAGGGCGCACUGUAGUAUAUUUAUUACCGGAAAAGCAAAUUUCAUGUAUUGUAUUCAUUACUGUAUAUGCCCAAUAAUAUGAAUUUGAAACAUGCUUAGCCACGAAUUGUCCAGUAUCCAAUAAAUACGUUCUUAUUUCAA